AAAACAGUUUUGAAUUAUUUGGCCUAUUUAAAAACAGAAGUAACAAGAAUAAGUGAUAAGCAGCAAAAUAUAGAGCAAAUGUUGUUGGAUAUAAAAUCAUCAUCAAAAAUCUCAAGAAGUGCACAAGAUGAGUUCAUUUAUAAUAAUAACGAAGUCGAUUAUUUCAUAUCAAGUUGGCCAAUUUUAGAUAACGAAGGACUUAAUAAUUUAGAAGACAAAAUACAAACUGACAUGAAUUUUAAAAAACAAGUUGUAUGCGAACUAGCUAGAAUUGGCGGAAAAUCUUUAAAAAAUAUAAUUUAUAAGAUAAUGCAGAAUGUUUUUGAUGAUAGAUUGUUAAUGCAGUAUACAUAUUAUGGUUUAAGGAACAAAAAUAAUUUUUCAUUGUUGUCUAUUAACAAAUUAAUCUUUGAUGCUGUAAAAAAGUCCAAGUAUAAUGCUUCUAAUGACGAUGAAAUUAUAACUUCAAUUGCUAAAUGGCUAACAAGUGCAAAAGGAAGAAUUGAGGGUAAAUAA